AUGAUCGUAACUUUGUCACUCCAAGCCUUCAUCAAGAAGGGCAAACUUCCUCGUGGUGCUUACAAACAAGCAGCAGAGCAACUGAACAUGAAUCCCCGCACCGUCGGACACGUUUGGCGCACGUUUUGCUCCCGUGGCACCACAGUGUCCAACAAAGCUGGCAAGGUUGGGCCCGAGCCAAUGUAUUCCACCGACCGCGCCCAACAGCUUGUUCAAUCCAUACCUGCCGACCAAAGGUCCACCUUCCGCGACAUGGCGGCAGCUACCAGCACGACCCUGGGGACCCUGAGUCGCCACCUUAAGAAGGGAACGUUGCAACGAUGCUCAACACCCAUCAAGCCGCUUCUGACGGAUGCGAACAAAUGGUUCAACGCAGACAAGGAUCGUCGAAAGGUCUACCUCGUCCCGGGUGAGAUGCCACCCUGGCGAUCUUGGAAGAGCAAGGGACUUAUCCCGAAGGUGGUGUUCUUGGGCGCCGUUGCUCGUCCUCCAUACGAUGAGCCCCGCGGUGUUUUCUUCAACGGCAAGAUUGGGAUGUGGCCGUUUGUGUGCCUUGUGCCGGCCGCCCGCAACUCUCGCAACCAACCAGCAGGGACUAUGGUGACAAAGCUGGUCAGCGUCGACGCUGCUGUAUAUCGAGACUACGUGAUGAACAAGGUCGUACCAGCAAUCAAGGCCACGUUUCCAAGCGCGAACAAGCGCGUCGUGCUACAGUAUGACAACGCGACUCCACAUGUGUCUAUCACGGACGCGGAACUGGCAAGUGUGUCGACGGGUGGCUAG